AUGCCCAAGCGCACCAUGGGAGGGAGGGCCGACGCCAUGGCGCACGAAGCAUCCAAGCACCGUGCGAAGCUGCACAUGGAGAAACCCCUCCCCGCCGGCGAGGGGUCCAGCCGGCAGCAGGGCGGCCGUGAUGUCGUCGACCACGUCCAGGCUCCGGUGCAGGUGUCACCUACGCCGGAGCAGGUAGCUGCUCUGGCUCCUCAGACGGAGCAGGUGAUGCCUCCUGUGCCCGAGCCUGUGGUCGUCGGCGAUGUCAACAAAGAAGACGUAGCUCCUCUGGCUUCUCUGCCGGAGCAGGUGGUGGCUCCUCAGCCUCAGCCGGGUGUUCAUCUGCCGCUGGUGUUGCCUCCUCUGCCCCCACCUGUGGUCGUCGCCGACGAGAACGAAGAAGAGGUAGCUCCUCUGGCUUCUCUGCCGGAGCAGGUGGUGGCUCCUCAGCCUCAGCCGGGUGUUCAUCUGCCGCUGGUGUUGCCUCCUCUGCCCCCACCUGUGGUCGUCGCCGACGAGAACGAAGAAGAGGUAGCUCCUCUGGCUUCUCUGCCGGAGCAGGUGGUGGCUCCUCAGCCUCAGCCGGGUGUUCAUCUGCCGCUGGUGUUGCCUCCUCUGCCCCCACCUGUGGUCGUCGCCGACGAGAACGAAGAAGAGGUAGCUCCUCUGGCUUCUCUGCCGGAGCAGGUGGUGGCUCCUCAGCCUCAGCCGGGUGUUCGUCUGCCGCGGUUGUUGCCUCCCCUGCCCCCACCUGUGGUCGUCGCCGACGAGAACGAAGAAGAGGUCCUAGGUGACAAUGUCGACAGCGACCCAGAAACCCAGGGGAUCUACAGGAGGCAGAAGGUGAGGGAGCUGGACAGUGGUGUGCUCGAGAAACAUGUCAGGCCAAGAAUCGGAAGGGGGGGCUACGGAUGCCCUUACUGCAACAAGCUGAUGAAAGGUGACCUGUCGAGUACCAUCAACCAUGCAGUCGGAACAUCCCAAGGCAGCAUCAAGAAUGGCUACGCUUUCAGGGUGAAGCACGCCGCGUAUGCCGACUACUUGAUGAGGCUUCUUUGA